UGUUGCCAUGGUUGCAGAACGGCCUGGGCUGGUUAAGUGGGCGAUUCGGCUCACCAACGCUUAUUUAGAAUGUCCAAUCGGCAAGAAUGGAUCAAACCUACUACAAAAAGAUCAGCACAGUCUGAAGCUGGCAGAUCUCAGUGCAGUGAAGAAGAGACUUUUUAUAGAAGUUGCAGAGCAGCUUACCUGACAGUGUUUGGUACCACUUUGGAGAAUAUAACUUCCAAGGAUCAACUCUGCCUGGCUCUCCAGCAAGCUGGAAGGAAUCCUUCCAGAAAGACACUUGGAAAGUACUGGACACAAUUUACGAAGACGUUAAAUUUUGAUGACUUUUGUGAGAUCUUGAAAAAAGAAAAGCUAACGGAUAAGAAUGAAUUGAUGAAAGCUUUCAGAAAGAUUGAUUUAAAUAAUGAUGGUUAUAUUGUGCAGGAAGAACUUUAUAAAAUACUCACCACUAAGGGUGAGAAGAUGACACAUGAAGAAGUUAAAAUGAUAAUGGAUGAAACUGAUGUUAAUAAUGAUGGAAAACUGGAUUAUAAUGAGUUUUGUAGUUUAUUUCUGACAACAAUUGAAACAAGUCAAAAGAAUGCAUUAGCAAGGCUAGAUGCUAAUGCCAAGAUGAAACAACAACAAUUUGGAAAUUUGACUUCACUUGAAUUUUCAUCCUUAUCUUCAACAAAAUCACUGCAGGGAGCUUCUCAAGAUCAAGAAACUGAAACAAUUCCCAGAAAAGUUGAUGCUAGACUUUCAUCAAGACCCUCAACUGCCCGAAGUCAAAGGACAUCUGUUUCUUCUACAUUUAACAUGGGGGCUAUUACUACAAAGAGUCUUAAAUUGGCAGAGCCCAAAACAAUAAAGAAUUGGCAACAUGCUUGGUCAAAGGGAUGCUUUUACCUUGAAGAUAAUGAUGGAAUUGUUAGUCAUCGUUAUAGACUGGAAUUGCAUCAAACUACUAAUGUUUUUCUUACCAUCGGACCAUUAAGCCUUGGCCAAACUGAAGAAAAAUUAUCGCCCUGGAUGAAUGUGGAUACAAGAUUAUAUGUGUUGAGGAAUGUUGGUUAUCCUGAAGCUCUGGAAGUUGUGUGUGUGACAGAACUACGCGAAAAGGAGAGAUCUGGAUGGAAGGGAAGGCUUCAUUCAGGAGUUUAUCAUCUAAUCCCAUUCACUACUGGCUGCAGAUUAAGGAAGAGGAGUAAAUCAAUGAUCCGAGAGGCCAAACUGGUCCACAGGGAGAAUGGUGACUUAACGCUCACCAAGGAAUUCAGGGCUGCACUAUCAGACAUCUUUGAAGUUAUCGAUUUAGAUGGCAAUGGGCUUUUAAGCUUUGAUGAGUAUAACUUCUUUGAGUUGAGAACCAGUGGAGAGAAAUGUGACAGCGAGGCCUGGGUUUUGUGUCGAGAAAACUUUGACAUGAAGAAAAAUCAACUGACACGACAGGGUUUCAUGGAAUUGAACCUGAUGGAAGCCAAUGAUCGGGAAGGUGAUCCAAGAGAUCUCUGGGUUACACUUGAAUCAAUGGGUUACAACAGAGCAUUGGAAAUGCAAGAGGCUUGUCCAUUUGUUGUUGAUAUCUAUGCAGAAGAUAGCAAAUUUAAGCUGACUCCAAUCAGUCUGGAAGCAGGUGGAAGGCUCCUCAAUUCAGUUAUCUGCAAAAAUGUCAUAAGUAAAGGAGAAGCAAAAGCCAUGAAGGGUUACAAUGCAUUAGUGAUUUACACUUACAAGACUGAUACAAUAAUCACUUCAGUAAUUGAAAAUAAAUCUGAAAGCAAAGUAAUCAUUCACGUGAACAACGAGAAAAGUAGGAACUGUGUCAGUAGUCGGGGUCUUAAUACUUUUGCAAUGGAAGUAUCACCAAAGACAACUAUGGUCUGCCAACAUGUGAUGCCUGUCGAUGAGAGGCGAGAAUGGAUUUACUGCUGCACAGAAAGCAUUGUGACUUGAAAUGCAAUGUAGGAAAGGAGCUGUAUUAUUGAGCUCCAUUAUUAAGCUGCAUUAUAACGCAUCUGGGUGACAAUGUUCCUUUGUGCAAAUUGUGCACGUUAAAUUGACACUACUUUGUGCCUUCUAAUGUAUUUUUAAUUGAUCUAAUUUAUUUGCUGGCUAAAUGUUUUGUAUAAUCAUGGUUCUAUAGAAUAUCCAUUUACUAGUCAAGGGAAAUUAUUGAUGUUGAUUUGUGAAGUCACGCUAUGCAAGAAAACUUCUUUUGAGAGUGGAUGGGGAAUAAUUUCAUAUGAUACAUUAUUUUCAUUAUAUGUGUUUGUAAGCACUACUUUAAUUACAACAGCACAAGAUUUAAAAAAAAAUAAUCAGUGCUUAGUAGCCUAAAAGCAUAGAUAUUGGAGCAUAUCUCGCAAGCAGAUGGUCUCCUGGCCAUCCAUCAAUCCAGUCCAUCUGCUUCUACUAAAAUGUGUUUUAUAGGGCUUUUGGCCAGGCUACCAGAUGCAGUAUCUUCUGUUUGCAUGGCACUUGCCAUACCAAAACUGAAGCUGAUGUCCCAUUAUGCCACAUGACAUGGUUCCCUUGAAGAUGCAAGGGGUCAGGGCAAAUACAAUUACAGUGUUUUAAAUAAAACCAUUUAAACAAGUGUAUGGAUAGGCAAAGUUUAGAGGGAUAUGGGCCAAACACAGGCAAAUGGGUCUAGGCAUCUUGGUCAACAUGGAUGAGUUGAGCUGAAAGGCCUUUAUCUGUGCUAUAUGACUCAAUGACUUAAAUAGUUAUGGUAUGAAAUUUUGAGACCAUCGGAGUGUUACAGUACUUCAGCUAGUAGAGCUGUUCCUUCCCAACAUGAGAUCCAGGCACAAUCCUGACUUCUAUGUAGAGUUUACCCUUUCUCCCUUUGACUAAUUGGUAUAAAUUGCCCCUAAAAUGUAGGUGAAUGGUUAAAUCUGAGGGAGUUGAUGGGAAUGUGGGAAGAUUAAAAUGGGAUUAAUAUAAGUGAAUGGUUGAUGGUCAGUGUCAACUUGGUGGACCAAAGGACCUGUUUCCAUACUGUACCAUUCUGUGACCCUGACUGUGUGACCCUAGCUAGUGUGUUUUUUAAUGUGAGAGGAAAGAGAGCUGAAGGUGCAAGUAAAAGUGUAAUAGAUGUUGGACUUUAAAAGGCACAGUGAACAGUAGUGUGGAGAGAUUAAAGAAAUUGAAACUAAAGUGUGCAUGUAAUAAAAUCAGUACCAUCUUACAUUACUAAAUUAAUAUAAUGACAUAGGGUUCUGGUUCUUAAUCUAUACAAAAGAACUGAUGUAGUUUUAGAUGUGGCAUAAUAUCGACUGAGCAGUGCAAAAAACCUUUAUGGAAAUAUCUGUUUUGGGUAGUAUUAGUGACUUCUCUCUUUCUCAUUAACAUAACAGGCUCUGGUUAUUAUCUCCCUUUACAACACAAGGUCCUGUUUCCCACGUUCCUCUUAAACUCACUAGGGCUAGGUUUCCAUGUUCCCUUUAUUGAAUUACCAGCAGCAAAGUCCAAUGGAUGCUGGAUUGUUAGAGCUUUACAGUACUUCAUAGUUCUUUUAACUUUUACAUCAUUGCAAUUGAGCUUUCUCAGAAGGAUUUCAUUUACAAGUUCAAUUUGGUUUAACUGCCACAAUCUUGCUCUCCAGACAGCCUUCUGAUUAUUAGACAGUUUGUAUAACAAGCGUUAAAAAUUUAGAAAAUUUCCUUGGACAUUGGCUAACUGCAAUUUACCUUGUGUAAAUUGGCUGUCUGUCUUGGAGACCACCUGGCUAAUAUGAGUGGUGCAAUGAUAUCAGACUGACCAAGUAACAGACACCUUUGCAAGACUGCAUCAAAACACCUAAUCUUGUCUAGUGUAUGCGAUACUGAGACAUGUCCUUUAAGACAGAAUCCGCACCCACUGCCUAAAUCUAAUGUCCUUCAUCUUGCUGAACAAAAGUACACAUAUCACACAAAUCCUACAUCACACACUUUUAACAUUCUAGAAGUUUAGCUUUUGGAUAUUGUGGCAAUCUUUAUUCUAUUUUCAAAAAUAACAUUGGUUUUGGUUUUUAUAUAUCAGUGGAGAGAACCAAUUUACACUGAAUACUAAAUACUCAAGUUUUUUUACUCAUUUUAUUCACUUUUUCAGUUGCUCUGAAGGAUCAGCGUUCACUUGUCCUCUUUGUAUACCAUCUGAAUUGAAUGAUCUUUAUUGUCAUUAUACAUAGGUACAAUGAAACUCUUGUUUGGCCUCCUCUCAGGCAAUCAAACAAAGCGGUAGAUAAAAACAAGACAGUAAUAGAAAAAUGGUAUUAAAUAGAUAAGUAGCAGAAAAUAAGUUACAACAGCACCAGAAUGUCACAGUAAUACACGAAGUGCAUAUAGUGCAUAUAUUGCAUAUAGUGAACAUAUUGUAAUUCACGAAUAAAGCUUUUUCCAAUA